GUCCACUCGAGCAUAGUUUACUACAAUGGCACGAAAUGUUUACAUUUUACAGACUUAUUUAAAACUAUACGCGAAGAAUAUUCGACCAAUUUAUUUAGACAGGUAGACUUUCGAUGUCUAGUGAUCGAUUUCUUAUGUAUUCUUAAGUAAAUAACCUGCUAGUAAAUUGUGUUUUCUUAAGAGGUAGGCUAGUAAUUAAUAAUAAUAAUAAUAAUGAAGUUUACGUCCAUUCUGGUUGUUUAUAUUUGGUAUUUCUUGACCGGCAUAGUUAUUUCGGUGCCGGAUUCCGGAGAAAUUACGGGUCAAUUAUGCGGUUGUCCACAUGAACAUACGUUUAGAUUAGAACCAUCUUAUAAACACUCCAACAAACCACGACACAGCAAUCUAUUGCCAUCGGGCCGAUCAUCCUAUCGUAACGAUGAAAUGUCACCGGAGGAACGUGAAGAACGAAUGAAUCGAGGCUUCGCUCGAAUGAUGCAAUUCAUGACGUUUUUGGGGCACGUUGAUAACUAUCUGACAGACAAAGCCAGCGGAUUGAUAAAAAUAAUGGGCAAAGCAGUAGAAACAGAAGACGAAGAAGAACCGCAAGAGGAUCCAUAUUAUGGCAGAAUAUCUCGACGACAAACGCCGCCCAAAAUAACCGCAACUAUCACUACGUAGACCCAACAGUCAAUCGGUUCAAAACUACAUCCUAUAAAAUGAUCUCUCAACUAAAUUAUUUUAAAUUAAAUGAAAAAAAUUCCACACGUACGGUUAACGUGUUUAGAAAACUUGAAAAAAAAAAGAAAGUUUAUUUUAUAAACGUUUUUUUUUGUAACAGUAUUAUUAAUAAAUUAUUUUGUAUUUAUCGUA